UCAAAUGCGCAUGCGCGAAAUUUAUAUCCUGUGAGAUUCUGAAAGUGAGGAUCUGACAAAUUGAUCACUUUUACGCCGAUUAAGACUCAUUAAUAACCGAUCCUUUUCAAUUUAUACUUUCAAACACAAUUCCUAAAAAUUAUGUACAAAUUAUUGUAUUAAUUUGUCAGGAACCCCAGGAGUCCAUUGUUAAAAAAGGGUGUUGUUUUUGUCAACACCAUCGAUUAAAAUCACCUGUCAAAAGUGUCAUGAUGGUUGUAUCCGAAUAAACGAUGGCAGAUGCUCACAAUUUUAACUACGGCUGGCAAAAUACACCUCCCGGAGUAACAGGUCAACCGCAAAGCUCAGCAGGUUCAACAGGUCCCGCACCUCCUUUUCAAGGCAGCAUGAUUAAGAAUCCACAACCUGUGGCAAAUGGUCCUAAUGUGGGUCAGCCGCCGCAGAUGUUCCAACCACCACCACCAGGUGUAAAUGGCAUGCCAACAGCAUCAGCACUAAACCAGUUCCCUCAACGACCUCCAGGGCCAGGAAUUGGAUUUUUUAAUGGCACAAAUGCUCCUCCGUCUGGACAGUUUAACCCACCACCACGGGCAGGGAUGCCAGGAAUUCAGGGACUGCCCCAGUUUCGACCCACUGUACCUUUGCAACAGAGACCACCACCUCCUGCAAGCCAGUCUGGCCCCAUGGGAUCUCCUAGUUUGGGGCCCCGCCCACCAGUGCCGUCAGCCUUUCAGCCCCCAGUGGGAUCAUUUUCUCAACCUGUGUCUCAGCCUCAAGAGCUCCCAGACAGACCCAAUGAAUUGCCUGUACCAUUUCAUGGUCAUGGCCAGUAUAGCCACCAGAUUGGCAUGACCCUAACACCCGGAUUAACACCCUCCAACUCAGGUCCUCCCUCCCAGCGGUCGUCUCGUACUAACUCACCAGCUGUCCUUAGCCAGCAGAGUCUAGAUGCACUCGAAGGACAGUUCAGAGGAACACCUGACCAGGAGCAGUUGGGCCCAGGUGAACAACAGUCACUGCCCCAGAGCCAGUCUGAGCCCCUAGUCACACAGUGGCAGCCAGGUUUGACUACUGGGGUUGGAUUCUCUCCAGCAUCCCAGCCAAAUAUGACAGCCAUACCGAGACCAGUUGGUCCUCCUUCUUCAAUGCAACAAACUCCACAUAAUGUACAGCCUCCAAUGUCUGCUCCAGGUCAGAGGCCUGGGAUUCCCCCAUUAUCAGGGCAGGGAAUGCAGCCACAAGGGAUGUCUGGCCAGACACAACCAGGGUUUGGUCCUCCUACAUCAGCACCCAAUAGCCAACCUGCUGUUUUUCCACCAGCCCCUAUAAACCAAGUGCCUGGCUUUCCCCCACAAGCGAUGUCAUCUACAACUCAAGGGCCUCAGAUUCCAACUCAGCCACAGGUUCCUGGAUUUGGACCUACUGCAUCAACUAAGCAUGCAGGAUUUCCUCCACAGCCCCAACUAUCUACCAGUCAAGUUCCAGGAUUUCCCCCACAACCCCAGUUGUCAACCAGCCAAGUUGCAGGAUUUCCCCCACAACCCCAGUUGUCAACCAGUCAAGUUGCAAGAUUUCCCCCACAACCCCAGUUGUCAACCAGUCAAGUUGCAGGAUUUCCUCCUCGGCCACAGUCUUCUAUACAGAGACCUGGAUUUCCCCCAACUCCACCAUCAUUAGCAACUCAAAGACCAGAAUUUCCUCCACCCCCUCAGUCCUCAGCGAAUCAAGUUCCAGGAUUUCCUCCUCAGCCCCAGUUUCCAGCCAAUCAGAGACCAGGAUUUCCUCCUCAGAACCAGUUUAUGGCCAAUCAGAGACCAGGAUUUACUCCACCACCACAGUCAUCAGCCAAUCAGGUGUCAGGAUUUCCUCCACCGCCACAGCCAUCAGCCAAUCAAGUUCCAGGAUAUCCUCCACCACCACAGUCAUCAGCCAAUCAAGUUCCAGGAUUUCCUCCACCGCCACAGCCAUCAGUCAAUCAAGUUCCAGGAUAUCCUCCACCACCACAGUCAUCAGCCAAUCAAGUUCCAGGAUUUCCUCCACAACCUCAGACUUUAACCAACCAGAGACUGGGAUAUCCUCCACCACCGCAGACCAAUCAGCAGCCUGGCUUUACAACAACCAAUCAGCAACCUUCUUUUGAAAACACAGCUUCUGGUGCUCAACAGUAUGGGAAAAAUGUUCAAGACUAUGUCAACAAACCUUUAACAGCAAACUUCAAUAAUAUGUCUUUACAGGGAAGUCAGUGUAUUGAUUUAUUACAACAGAAGAAGUUGUUACCGCCUGAUGGGGUACCAGUUCCCAAACCUGCGAUACCAAAUGAUUCACGAAAUGUGAACUGCAAUCCUGAGGUGUUUCGAUGCACACUAAACUGCAUACCCCAAACUUCAGCAUUGUUGAACAAGUCCCGCUUGCCUCUAGGAAUAUUGAUUCACCCAUUCAAAGAUUUAUCGCAACUGCCUGUCAUACAGUCGAGUGUGAUAGUUCGAUGUCGCUCCUGUCGCACAUAUAUCAAUCCCUACGUGCAGUUUGGGGACAGCAGAAAGUGGAAAUGUAACCUGUGUUAUAGGGUAAAUGAAUUGCCGGAUGAGUUUUCAUUUGACCCAGUUACCAAAUCAUACGGUGACCCACAGCGUAGGCCAGAAGUGAGAUCAGCGACUAUAGAGUUUAUUGCCCCUUCAGAAUACAUGUUGCGGCCGCCCCAACCUGCUGUAUAUUUGUACUUAUUAGAUGUGUCCUUCAAUGCAAUAGAAACUGGUUAUCUGUCGAUGUUCUGUGAGACUUUACUGGAGGCCUUAGACCGUAUUCCUGGAGAUACGCGAACUCAGCUAGGCUUCAUUGCGUACGACAGUGCUGUUCACUUCUUUAACCUGGCUGAGGGCCUUUCACAACCCCAGAUGCUCACUGUGUCGGAUGUAGAUGACAUAUUUCUGCCAUGCCCGGAUGAUCUACUAGUCAACCUGAACGAGUCUCGCAGCCUGGUGAUGGACCUGCUGGCUCAACUGCCCACGUUGUUUGAGAAGAACAUGGACACCCGCAGUGCUCUAGGGGCCGCUCUGCAGGCCGCAUACAAAAUGACCUCGGCGACUGGUGGUCGUAUUACGGUUAUGCAGACUGUGCUGCCCACACAGGGGCCUGGGGCUCUACAGAACAGAGAGGAUCCCACCCAGAAAUCUGGCAAAGAUGUAACCAGUCUUAAUCCUGCAAUAGACUUCUACAAGAAGAUGGCACUAGACUGUUCAGCCCAGCAGAUCGCGGUGGAUCUCUUCAUGUUCAAUGGACAGUAUGCAGACAUGGCUUCUAUAGAGUGUGUCUCCAAGUUUUCUGGAGGUUGUAUUUAUUACUAUCCAUCUUACCAUGUGGUCAGAACCCCUCACUAUGUGGAGAAAUUUGAGGUGGAUUUGCUCCGAUACCUGACUAGGAAGAUUGGCUUUGAGUCUGUGAUGAGAGUUCGAUGCACUAAGGGGAUAAGUAUUCAUACGUUCCAUGGGAACUUCUUUGUGCGUUCAACUGACCUGCUGUCACUUCCCAAUGUAAACCCCGACGCCGGCUUCGGCAUGCAGAUGACGAUAGAGGAGUCACUUACUGAUGUCUCCACAAUGUGUUUCCAGGCUGCCCUACUGUAUACUUCUAGUAAAGGAGAACGACGUAUCCGGGUACACACACUGUGUUUGCCGGUGUCCAACCAGAUGAGCGAGAUUCACGCCUCUGCGGAUCAGCAGGCUAUAGUGGCUCUACUGGCCAAGAUGGCGGUUGAUCGCAGCCUAUCAUCGUCCAUGUCGGAUGCACGUGAGGCUAUAGUGAACGCCUCUAUUGACAUCCUCGGCUCCUAUGGUAGCUCCCUGCACGCGUCCCAGCGCUCUAACGGCCUCCCUGUCAAUGAGCAGUUGAGACUCAUACCUCUUUACUGCCUGGCUUUGCUCAAAUCUACUGGUUUCCGUGUGACUGGUUCUGUGCCACUGGAUGAACGAACCCACGCUCUGCAACAGUACAAGACCCAGCCUGUGAGUCAGCUGAUACAGAUGAUCUAUCCAGACCUGUACCCGGUACACACCAUAAUGGAUGUGAAGCUGAAGAAGAAGGGCUCGUUUGAGUGUGCAGACCUGCCCCUGCUACAACUCUGCUCGGCCAACGUGGACCGCCAGGGGGCGUACCUCCUGGACACGGGAGACAUCAUGUACCUCUAUGUGGGCAGUGCCAUCAACGAACAAUUCUGCAAGGACAUACUGGAUGUGCCCAACUUUGCUGCAAUAAGAGAGGGAGGCAUUAGGGAGUUACCAGAGCUUGAGAAUGAUGGCUCUGAACGUAUGAGAACCUUCCUGGCCUCCCUAAUGGAUAACAGACCUACAGGGGCUGCCUUAAUUAUUGUGAGGGAUGACGGCAAGCUGAGGUUGCAGUUUUUCCAGCAUUUCGUAGAAGACCGGAAUGACUCUACUAUCUCCUACCAUGAGUUCCUUCAACAAAUUCAAGGCCAGAUCAAGAGAUGAAACUUGAAGUAGCCUAGAAGCUUGAUAUUUGAACAUUCAUCUGCAGUGCUAAAUAGACUUUAUUUCAUAUCGCAGUUAAUCAAUGUAAACAUGGCUGGGCAUUUAUGAUAAUACAUCUAUGGACAACAAUUAAGUGUCCGCAAGUCGAAGACAGUUUUGUUUUAAGAGGGCAAACAUGGGAUAAGUGAUCGUAGCUUAAUUGCUUCUAUGCUGAUCUUCUUAAACUCAUCGGACAAGCAGGGGUCAAAUAUAACAGAGCCCUAAACCUUUGGUAUAUAAGCAGCAAGAGGUCUAGAAGAGUACUGAUUACUGAGGACAUUUAGUUAGACUGAAUUGUUAAAUACAGGGCAUUGUUGAGCGAGUUCAAAAUAAAGAAUUGUGAUGUUAAAUGUCUUAUAUAUUUGCAGUAAAUGGGUUCUUAAUGCACUGGCAAGUAGAUUUUAGGUCAGAGCAAUUAGCUUUGCAUAGAAAACUGUUGGCUUGAAAGUUUAUGUCCAGCCCUGGUAUAGUAGAAAGUGAAGGCCCUCUUAUGCAUUUUCAAUAUGGUGGUGAUUUGUUAUUUAGUGGUAGUGUUAAUUGUGAAAUAUUUUUUGAUUGAAUGAAACAGGUGGUUUUCACAAGAAUUGGAAGAAAUAUAGGGAAUUUAAAUUAUGUAAACUGCAGUGCAUAUGAAUGUAUUUAUGUUAAUUAUAAAUAGGUAAAUUAUGUUUUUAAAAAUUACAGUAUUGUAUUUAGUGAUUUAUUACUUUACAAACAUCAUUAACUAACUUGGUUACAUUGACGGCAUGAAAAAAUAGAGCUUUAAAGAUGAAUGAAUGUGUAUAUAGAAAAUCUGCAUUGAAUUGGGGCAGAAACAAUUUGCUCUUCGAUUGUCAACCUUAAUUAUUAUUUAUGGUGGUGAAUCAUUAUUGAUUGUCUGUUAUCUACUGACCUAUAAAACAUUAUGGAAGAAGUUUAAUAUUAUAAUUAUUUUGUAUAUUCAUUGUGAAUACUGUAUAAUUAUAUAUAAUAAAUAUGCCAUUGUAUAUUGUGUAACAGAACUAUUUAUUGACUUAUUGUGCUUACUGUUUAUUUUAAUUUUGUGAUAAAGAACACUGUGUAAAUUGUGUUGAUGUGUUUUGACACAUGCAGUUUGCCAAGUUUGUGAACAAUUAAUUUCAUGGAUUUUAUGUAUACUGCAAAAUAAUAAAAUUUAGCCUAACAUUAAUAUUCUUCCAUUUAAUGACUAGAAUGAUCAGCCUUUUUAGUUACAAACUAAUGUUAUUUUAUUGGUUUUCAGAUAGUACAUUCAUAUCAUUCUGAUAGAAAAAACAACAGAGGGACAAAUUACAGCUGCAAAACUCAUGAUUGGAUUGAAGUUAAAUGAAGAAUUGAAGUGAAGCACAUGACAAUACGUAAUGGGCUUUGUUACCCUGCUUUUCUAAGACAAAGCCUGUCAUGCAAUGUAGAAGGAAUGUUCAUGUUUUUGCAUAAAACAGUCAAUCUAAAUGGUUAAAUAUCGCCCCUUGGUGCAAAAAUGGUACCAUGUGGCAUUGAAAUUAGAAGGCACAUGGUACCUUUUUGCACCAAUGGGGUGAAUUAUGUUGUCAGUCAAAUUGCAUUGUAUGUUUAAUUAAAUACAAUGUUCAUGGUUGUUAUAAAAUAAAAAGGGAUGUCUAUAAAUAUAAAUUUAUUAUUUUACAUAGUAUAGUUGUAAAAUAUAUAAAUUAUAAAUUGCAUUAGAGUUUGGAGUUAAUAUUCCUUAAUUGUCAAUGGUCAAUAGUAAAGUUCAAAGAUAAUAUAAUCAAUAAUGAACUCUCAGUCGACUAUGCUGUGUCCAAUUGUUUAAAACAUUAUUGCAUACAGAAAUGCAUAUAGACAUGUCUCAACAUAUCUGGAAACACUUGUAGAGGGUAGAAAACUGCUGUGUCUUGAUUAUGUAGCUCAUAUUUUGGAAAGCUCAGAUAGAUUAUCCAAAUUGCUGAAGCUCUUGUGUUAGGUUGCUUACCAAAAAAUUUUUUAAUUCAAUUAUGUUAAGGCUUUGUAAAAGCCGUUUUUGUUCAUCUUCAUAUUAAUGGAGAUACUUAGUGUAUUGAGUGUUUUUCAUUGAACUUUUGUCUUUCUUUUUAAUUGUAUUUUGUCAUUGGAAAAAAAGAGUUGUUGUAGAGAAUAUAGUGUACUUAAUUUGUUUAAAAUGUUGUAAUUCACUUAGAUAUACAUUUCUCUCUGAGGGGAACUUUGAUGAACUGUUUCAUUCAUUUCACUCAAGUUUUUGUUUAGGGCAUUGGCAUAAACAUACAUUUGCUGUAGAAUACUUGUUAAUUUUGUUGUCUGACUGUUUAAAAAGAUGAACAAAGAUUAUUUUCAGUAUGUAUUUUGCAUUCAUGAUAUGAGCUUCAAACUUAAGUAAAUAUUUGUCUAUUAAGUGAACGAUUGCAUAUUAACAUGUGGUGUAUAUUUAACUUCAGUGAAGUUUCCUGCAAGCCUUUCUGUCACUUUGAGUGAACUAGAAUUUCAUUGCUUUCAACGCUUGCUGUACAUGUGUAAUAUAAUUUAGCCUAGCUCGUGGUAAAACCGUGAUUUAUGCCUGUGCGUAAAGUAUCCAUCUAGUUUAGCCUGUGCGAUCGACACAGGCUAAUCAUGAACAACACUUCAUGCCUAGACUGGAUAUUCUUUUUCUUUUAGAAGAGACUACCAUCAUACGGAAAAUUUUCUUUAACUCUUUCAGUGCUGGAACCGAAUUUUGAAGGCCCUUGCAAACAGUUUGGAUCCAGAUGAGACGCCACAGAACGUGGCGUCUCAUCAGGAUCCAAACUGUUUGCUAUUCUGAUAGUAUUCUUUGAAAAAAAUCAAAGAAAAUGCUAAUUUUAGAAAUUCAGCAGACAACAUUUUAGCAGACGACAAAUUUCCCAGCAUGCAAAGGGUUAAAGUGGAAAGUAUCAUCCCUCAUGAGCCUGUGCAGUGAUGAUACUUUACCCACAUGCAUUUAUCCCGCGUUUCCCACAAUGUGGCUCAUAUUUAUAAAUAUGUUGUAAUUGUGUGGUAAUUUACAAUCUUCAAUUACUGCUUAAAUGGUUUGGACACAGCCACACCUGUUAGGUUGAAGUUUUUUAUGAUGCCAUUCUACACAUAAUACACAUUCAAGUUUAUGUAAUGACGUACUUUGUAUAUUAACAAUUCAUGUCGCCACAUAUGUGGUCAUUAUACUGGUGAAUAAUUUAUAUGUGGACGUUUUACCCGUAUUUUAUUAUAUAUGUUGUGUGAUGCAUGUCAUUAUGUUUCAUUUGAUGUUGUUCAAGUGGACUGUACUUUAACGAAAUUAGAGUGUAAUAUAAUUGUUAUAUUGAAACCCAAUUAAAUGCUGAAAUAAUUGAA